CACCCGCCGACGGAGCAUGCUGUAUUGUGUGUGAAGAAAACGGAAAAAAAGAAGCGCUAGGAAAGGAAAAUAAAGUAAUACGAAGUUUUUAUCGCCAUCAAUAUGGGAGUUCCAGCAUUCUUUCGCUGGCUGAGCCGGAAGUAUCCGAGCGUGAUCAUAGAGUGCAAUGAGAACAAGCAGGUUGACCCGGACACCGGCCGGAACACCUACGAGGACGCUACGUUGCCGAAUCCGAACGGGGUCGAGUUCGACAAUCUUUACCUGGACAUGAAUGGAAUCAUCCACCCGUGCACCCAUCCGGAGGACAAGCCGGCGCCGAAGAACGAGGAUGAGAUGAUGGUGGCUAUUUUCGACUGCAUCGACCGGUUGUUUGGCAUCGUGCGACCAAGGAAACUACUCUACAUGGCCAUCGAUGGGGUGGCGCCGCGCGCCAAGAUGAACCAGCAGCGGUCCCGUCGUUUUCGGGCGGCCAAGGAGACCUCAGAAAAGCGCCUGGAGAUCGAGCGGAUCAGGGAGGAGCUGCUCAGUCGCGGGUGCAAACUGCCGCCCGAGAAGGAGAAGGGCGAGCACUUCGACUCCAAUUGCAUCACGCCGGGCACACCCUUCAUGGACCGGCUCAGCAAGUGUCUGCACUACUAUGUGCACGAUCGGCUGAACAACAACCCAGCCUGGAAGGGCAUCAAGGUGAUCCUCUCGGACGCCAAUGUGCCAGGCGAGGGUGAGCACAAGAUCAUGGACUACAUCCGCAAGCAGCGGGCCCAGCCGGAUCACGACCCCAACACCCAGCACGUCCUAUGCGGUGCGGAUGCCGAUCUCAUUAUGCUCGGGCUGGCCACCCACGAGCCGAACUUCACUAUCAUUCGCGAGGAGUUCCUGCCCAACAAGCCGCGUCCCUGUGACAUCUGCAACCAGUUUGGCCACGAGAUGGACAAGUGCGUGGGCCUGGGGGCCACUGCGCCAACUGGUGGCAACUUCAAGCCCGAUGUUCCAAUUGGUGCCGAGGUUAAGUUCAUCUUUGUGCGGCUAAGUGUGCUCCGGGAGUACCUGAAGCAGACGCUCGAGAUGCCGAACCUCCCCUUCGAGUAUAGCUUUGAACGCGCCCUAGACGAUUGGGUAUUCAUGUGCUUCUUCGUGGGCAACGACUUUCUGCCCCACUUGCCGAGCUUGGAGAUUAGGGAGGGCGCGGUCGAUCGACUCGUGGAGCUGUACAAAAAGUGCGUCUACAAGACGAGAGGAUAUCUUACCGACUCGGGCGACGUUAAUCUGGACAGGGUGCAGCUGAUCAUGACCGAUCUGGGCAAUGCCGAGGACCAGAUCUUUAAGAACCGACAACGGCGUGAGCAGCAGUUUAAGGCCAGGGACAAGCAGCGCCGUCGGCAGGAGAGGAACGAGGACCACAAGGCACUGGAUCAGUCGGUGUUCGGUGCCAACGCCGUGGGACAAAACAAUGCGAAAUCAAACAUUGCUAACUACAAAGAGGCAGCCGCAGCCCUUCGCCUGGGCAAGAGGACGAGUGACCAGGCUGGUCUACAGGACGACGAUGACGAGGAAGAGGAGGUCAACGACGAAGUUAGGCUGUGGGAGGAUGGGUUUAAGGACCGCUACUACGAGUCCAAGUUCGAUGUGGCACCUGGCAACCAGCAGUUCCGUUACGCUGUGGCCCUACAGUACGUAAGGGGCCUGUGCUGGGUGUUGAAGUACUACUACCAGGGCUGCGCGUCAUGGAACUGGUAUUUCCCGUACCAUUAUGCGCCCUUCGCCUCUGAUUUCGUCAACAUUCAGGGCCUCUCCACUCUAUUUGAGCGGGGCACCAAGCCCUUCAACCCACUGGAACAGCUGAUGGGCGUUUUCCCGGCAGCAAGUAGCUCCCAUGUGCCCGAACCAUGGGCCCAACUCAUGUCCAGUCCGGAAUCGCCUAUCAUUGACUUUUAUCCGGAGGAUUUCAAGAUCGAUUUGAAUGGCAAGAAAUUCGCUUGGCAGGGCGUGGCCCUCCUACCUUUCGUCGAUGAGAAGCGUCUCUUCAAGGCCCUCGUUCCGUACUACGAACAACUAACCGGCGAGGAGGUGAGACGUAACAAGCGGGGCGAAAAUUAUCUGUACAUUAGCACUUCGAGUCCGCACUACAACAAGGUCCAGAAACUAACGGAAAAGUCAACUGGGGAUGAGUUCAACGCAAUCUCCUUCAGCGGGAUGCGAGGCACUCUGGGAAAAUCGGAACUGAACACUGACAUAAGGGGCUGCCUUAGGUCACCGAUAUCCGGGCUGCCGGACAUCAAUGAGAACACGAUUGUGACGACGACGUUCCGGGAUCCGGAGUACGAUGACGAUUACAUUUUUGAAGCGAAGCGACUGCCCAAUGCCGUUGAUCCUCCGCAGGUGCUGCCCUCCGAGCAGGGCCAAAAGCAUCGUCCAGUCAUCGGGUUCAAUAGCCACUCGAACCGGGCCUAUGUACCGGAUAGUGGACAUCGGAUGUUGAAUGCCGGAAUUCGAAAUAAUUAUGGUCAAGGUGGUGGCGGAGGAGGAGGAGGGUAUGGACAAGGCGGAAGCAGCGGGCGGGGAGGACAGGGCUAUCAAAAUAAUAGUCGCAACUAUAACUACAACUACAACAAUAACUACAACCAGGGCGGUGGUGGCGGCGGCGGCGGCGGCUAUCAAGGGAACUACAAUAACCGCCAGCAAUACGGCCAGAACCAGAGAUACCAACCAGACAAUUCCAAUCAGCAAAGGAACUACAAUAACUACAACAAUGGAAGGAAUAAUAACUACCACCAAGGCGGCGGUAACUGGCAACAGCAACAGCAAAAUUAUAAACGCUUUUGAUCAUACAACACAAAUAUAUAUAUGUAGAUUAACGACAUAAUCAGCGUUCAUUUACAAAAAUAGACAUAAGAACAAUGUUUUCAAUACAAUAUAUUUGAUAUUUUUAAUCAAAAAGAAAAACAGUUACAUCAAUUUACACUCGACUCAAUAUCUAUGUGUCUCUGUGCCUCAAUCAAAAGAAGUCAAAUUAUGCAAUUAAAACAAGGUAUAUAGCGAAGCAUUACGCAGCAAUCAUAGGCACACUUUUUGUUGGAACAUAAAUAUCAUUUUAUAAUAUUGAGAAUAAAAUACUAUAGACAGAAC